AUGGUCGAGGGUCACGGCGUGCAUCGCGUCGCCGCGUCCGCGCGGAGGCACCUCGUCGGUAAGCGCUUCACCGCCACCUCCCCCAACGGCCGCUUCGCGCACGGCGCCGAGGUGAUCGACGGCAAGGAGCUGAAACGUGUCGACGCGAUCGGCAAGAACCUCUUCUACUUUUUCAACGAGGCGGACGGCCCGGACGCGCACGUCAUGCACGUGCACUUCGGGAUGUCCGGGAGGUUCUCCACGCACCACACCCUGCCUGGUCCGGAGCCCGGCGCGACGACCCGCCUGAGGCUCGAGUCCCGGGAGCACGGCAUCUGCGCCCUGCUCUCCGCCAUGACGGUGGAGCUCGGCGACAUCAGCCUGUUCCAGACCAAGCGCGCCAAGCUGGGGGAGGACCCGCUUCGCGAGGACGCCGACGCCGACAGGCUCUGGGAAAAGUUCACGAGAUCGCGCAAGUCGGUCGGCCUCGCGCUCAUGGACCAGGCGAUGUUCGCGGGCGUCGGUAACAUCUACCGCGCCGAGAUCCUCUACAAAGCUGGCGUCCAUCCCGAGCAGCCGUGCGCCGACCUCCCCCGCCCCGCCUUUGACGAGGUCUGGAGGCACUCCGUCGAGCUCCUGCAGCGCGGCUUCGUCACCGGGAGCAUCCUCACGGUAGAUCCCGACGAGGCCAAGACCCUGGGCGAGCCGUGGACGCGCAGGUACGUGUAUAACCAGCGCUCGUGCGGCCGGUGCGGCUCCGCGGUGAAGACCUGGGACAUGGCCGCCAGGACUGUGUACUGCUGCGAGGUGUGCCAGCCGCUGGUCAAGUCCGAGACCAGUAACGGCGCGAGCGCGGCGGUGAGGAUCAAGGUCGCGAGGGACCACGUCCCGUUCGUGUCGCACUGCGCGGCGGAAUCUCCGGGUACCCUCGCCGCCGAGCCCGAGAAGCUCACGGUGGCCAAGCUCAAGGAGAUCCUGGACUCCGCGGCGGCGUGGCCGGAGGGGCUCAAGCGGACGGCGAAAAAGGCGGAGCUCGUCGCGGCGGUUCGCGAUAUGGCGACGGGAGGGUACACCCCCGCGACGCUCGCGCGGCACGGCCUCGCGGCGACCCCAUCGCCUCGAAAGAUCCCAGCCCCGGGCAUCGCCGCCCUCGAGGGAGCGGAGGCUUCGGCGUCGGCGGCGGCGGCGGAGAAGCGUCGCGCCGGGGAAAAAGGCAACGUGGAGCACGUCGCGCUGGCCGACGACGAAUCUCUGGGACGGGGCGCAAGCAAGGGCAACAAGCGGGGGGGAACGCGCGGCGCGCCGGUCACGCCGGAGACGCGCGCGCCCGAUCGGUCAAAGGUGCGCAGGCGCGAGUCGCCGUGACCCUCUCGCUCAAAGACGCUCGAAAACGCUGACGAUGAAAUAAAAACGGAACGUCACACU